AUGGGUCUGUGUAACAAGACUACAGUGCAGCUCAUGCUAAAGGGAAACCCCAAACCAGUGUUUCGUCCAAAACGACCGGUUGCCUACAGUAUGAAGAGCGUCGUAGAAGACAAACUAAACCAGUUGGAAAGCUUUGGGAGUAUAAAGAAGGUCGACUGGGCCGCACCUAUUGUCGUCGUGCGAAAACCCAAUGAAUCUGUUCGGAUCUGUGCGGAUUUUUCGACUGGUCUAAAUGCGGUACUUGAACCGAACAAUUACCCUCUGCCCCUACCGGAAGACAUUUUUACCAAGAUGGCAGACUGUCGGAUUUUCAGUCACAUCGAUUUAUCCGAUGCGUACCUUCAAGUACAAGUGGACGAAGGCAGCCCACCGCUUCUCAUCAUCAACACACACCGAGGCCUAUUUCAGUUUACCCGGCUGUCACCCGGUAUUAAAGCAGCACCGGGUGUCUUUAAACAGUUGAUGGACACAAUGCUUGCUGGACUUGAGUGCACUACUGAUUAUUUGGAUGACAUUUUGGUGGGAGGCCGUACGGAAGAGGAACAUCAACACAACCUGCAGCUUGUUCUCGAACGCUUGCGAGAUUACGGCUUCACUGUGCGCAUCGAAAAAUGA